UUUAGAUUGCUAGAGUAUCAAAUAUACGUCAUUUUUGAAAUAACUUCUGUGAAUAGACAGGAGACAGUAGUUUCACUCUUUUUUAUAUGAAAUUUUACGUAUUAGCAAAAAAUCAGUGGUUCUUAUCUCCAGAAUAUAAAAAUCGUAAUGGUAAUUCGCCAGAUAUUGAUAAAAGUUGGAUAAAUAAACAUUGGGAAUCAAUUUUCGAAAAAUUAAGGUAGUUAAGGUUUCGCAAAUUAACUUUUUUUAUGAAUUCUAAACCAGGCUGUGUUCCGAACAAUAAUAGACAUAUUGCUUUUAACUUAAAAUUCCAGCCUGACAUUCUUAGAAAUCAUAUUCUUAUAAAAGAAAAGACGCGUCGUUAUUUCAAUUUCUGCCCAUUCCUUCAUACUCUGUAAAUUUUAUUGAACAUAGCUUUAGAUAUAUUUACGUGUAUUGAAGGGGUUACAUAAAUUAAGUUAUUCUAAAUGUUCUAUAUAUACAAGUAAUAAAUAGAAUGUCAGAUUCAAUAAAAACAUUGAGUGUUUUUUGCAAAACAUUGCAUGGUACUCAUCGAACUUUUCGCCGCAAGCACACUUCGAGGGUAGGUUCUUCAGCUUUUCAUUGUAACGUAGACGUAUCGUAUCUCCAAAUACCUCCUUAUUUAAAUCCAAAUUCUGUUCUUUUAUGGGCAGUGUGUUUAGCCACGAACUUGCUCCUUUAUCGCAGGCUUGAAUAACCACUUGUUUCAGGUGUUGCGGUAAGGUGUCAUGAACCGAUUUAAUAAAGUCUGAUUUCUGCUUAUUUCGUUUAAAAUGAAUUUUACUUUCUAGUUGUUGCUUCGAAUUUCCUUUUUCAUCUGCCUGACUCAGUAUGUUUUCUUGUCUUGUAAUUGAUUUUACAUGGAUUUUUGUAAUUUCGUUUAAGGCGCGGUAUUGGUCUUUGGCUUCUUUACUUAAUGACUUAAGGUGGCUCACCACCAAAUAACCUAUAUCGCAGAGGAUUGUCUUUUCUAAAGUUAAUUGAUGAGGAUAUCAUAGUAGGCGACAGUACGACAAAAUUAAGUCUAAAAUUUAGUUGAUUGCUUGCCAUAGUUACCCGUUAGCCGUUGCUAGGUAAAAUAGGAACAAAAUAUGACAUUUCGCUGCUCAACGCUAACCAAGUAACUGAAUAACAUGCGCUAUUUGAACCGCCUUUUUGGCCGCGCAUAUUUCUAAACAGUCACGUGUAGUGAUCGAGGGAAACGCGUUUUCGUAAGGCUGACUCGUCGCCCAGACAACUGAUGCGGUAUUUCUUGGACGGAAAAAAAGGCUAAAACAGGGCGAAACUAGACAAGAUAACUGAAAGACAAAUCUUCGAUUUGAAAAUCGGUUUCAGUUAAGCCCUAGGUAAUAUUAAUGUCUGCACCCACAGAAGAAAUUGUAAAGCAUUUGUGCUUCGAUCUUGAGAAUGCUUGUUUCCCGUGGAUUCCGAACUUAAACAGCAAAAAACGUGUUUAAAGAAUAUUUUAUGGACAUUCUACUUGUGGAUCGACAAAAGGUUACGGCAGCAAUAUUUCGACCUGAAAAGCACCAAAUACCUAAGACCUUAAGGACGCAUAAACUCUGACGAGUUCACUUCGAAGGGUGGAUUCCAUAGUAUCAAACGCCAGCUCAGGCACUCAGAAUGUUCCUUGGCCUUCGAUCGAGAAGAAGGCCUUUGUAGCAUGAGUGUUGGAAGUAUCAUGAAAGCUUUGAUAGCUACCGUAUUCAGUUUUGUGUUCAGAUUAAACUCAUAACACUGCACCUAUUUUCAAGAACCUCAUUUCAAAAUCCUCUUCUUUGCGUUUUUCAAAGGAGGCAAAAAAGCCCGAUUUUUUAGUUUCAAAGGGGAAAACAUAUCGAAAUUAUUCAGUUUUCUUUGCACGCACAGAAUUAUAAGAAAUAAAAAACAAAUUUAAUCUGUUUUGUUUUCUGUUUUCGUGCUACCCUUGGUGCAAAUAAAUAUUUAACGAAGCUGUAAAAUACAGAUAUAAACGCUUAAUUCUUAAGAUGUGUGCUGUCUCGAUGUCUUGGUUGCAAGUAUUCGUCUCCUGGAUAUCAGUUACACUGGUAUCUAGUAGCGUGUUGGACUUCAUUGAUAAGCAAAUAAAAACAGGAAAAUACGAUAAACGACUGCGGCCAUAUAGCGGUGGACCAUCUCUCUCUGUGAAGCAUCAACUAUAUAUUAUAUCCCUGGGACCGAUUGAAACGACAACCUUUACGUUUGAGACUGAGUUUUAUUUGCGUCAAUGGUGGACAGAUCCAAGGAUAAUCUUCAAUGCUUCGAAGACGCAACUUAACAGUAAAAUCCAACCAGAGUCCAUCAUAUGGAUACCAGACCUAACAAUUAUUAAUGCGAGAAAAGUGGAAUUUUAUCAUUCAGCAGUUCGCACAGUCUUGAAAGGUGAUGGGACUGUGUAUAUUAGUCAAAGACUAAAAGCGAAGUGCAACUGUUUGAUGGAUCUUACUUAUUACCCGAUGGACACUCAGAAAUGUCAAAUAACGUUUGAAAGUUUUGCGUAUUCAAGAAGUGAUAUGAUAUUGAGUUGGCACAAAACUCCAGUAAUAACAGAUCAUAUUCAUACACCUGCUUUUUCUAUCGAAUCUGUUGAAGGCACGAUUAAGACAAUGGAAUUUGACAUUGAUAAUCGCAAGGAAAUUUACGACAACUUGAUUGUUACCUUCAAAGUAAAGAGAACGUUUUUGUAUUUCGUCUAUCGUGUUUACGUUCCCACCAUCCUGCUUAUGAUCUUCAACUUCGGCUCGUAUUGGAUUCCUGCAACAGCUGUACCAGCACGAGUGACAUUAAUUGUAACCACCUUCUUAGCUAGUACUUUCAUUCUGCAAAGUGUCAGUGGCGAGACGGUGAAAGUAUCUUAUACCACACCUUUGCAGUUAUUUAUGUUAGUAAGUGUGGUCCUGGUUGUGGUGGCUAUUGUUGAGUAUAUGGUGGUUUUGUUUAUCAAGGAACGACAUAAGAAAUUGCGUAAAAAAAGUGAGAUUGAAACUAAUGCUGGUUAUGUGGAACAGAAAAAAAGCAAAACGAACAAACACGUGGUACAAAAUGUGAACGCAAUUGUUAGUGGAUAUCCCUCUCAACAUGCGGUAACCAAUGGAUAUCGUCAGAAAACCGUGGCGCCAAAAACGAUUCAAGUAAUGCCUAAAUCGACACUCUCUUUUAAAAUUGACAUCGUGUUUCGAACGGUAUUGCCGUUUUUUUACGUUAUAUUUUGUUGUUCAUAUUUCACUUAUUAUUUAAUUGUUGUUUGAACGUUAUUACAACCUCGUUCCCAAGACCCCACGGAGUCUCAAAUAUUAAAUUGCACGAUCGCAUUUUUAAAGGGAUUUUUUAUUUAUUUCUCACUACGAUUAUCCAUUUAAUUUAAAUGUUCAGCAGUCCAAGUACACGUGAAUUAGAAAGUUUGAUAACGAGGCUAAUUAAAUAUUGUACAGCAUGUAUGAUGUCGAAGUGGCGCCACAUAAAAAGACAUUUUGUUUUCAGUCCAUUUUCGUCUUCCGAUGGCGUGGCUACUUUAGCAGAAGCCCUGGGAACGAGAAUAUUAUAUAUGGAUUUUCAUGUUGUUGUAUAUUUGUAGUUUUUUUCAAAAUGCACCUCCACUUAUGUAAAGCUUACCCUUCUCUGUAGCCAGGACUAAGCUCUUUUCUUCCGCAACCAUGACUGCAAGAACUAGGUUUGUCUGAGUUCGUUCUACUUUCUUCACAAAGGGUUAGAUAUGAUUACUUACAUAGUAUAUAGAAUAUACGAAAGACAUCGUGCACAUUCGCCCCUUAAACUUUUUGAGAUAAACCUCGGAGUUUAUCUCGAAGAGUUUAAGGGGCGAAUGUGUACUGUAUAUAAUUUAUUUAACAUCUAUUUACACUCUGGACUUAAGCUCCUAAAUAUUAUCUUCAAUGUUACAAA